GCGAGCCACACCUGCAUUUUCCGAGCGGAGCAGCCCGCUGGGAUAAGAGAGCCCCGCCCUGCCCCAGGCUGCAGGACGCGGUGUCAUGUUUUCCAUUGCUGCUGCGGGCGAGUGAAACUCUCCUCCCCGCCCCGGGUCUUGCCGAGCCCACAGAGGGGAAGCAGGAAGAGCUCUUGUCGGCAGCUGCGGCUCCUCCUCCCCUAGAGCGCCUCGGCCCACAGGAGGAGCGGCCGUCUCAGCUUCCGGAGAGCCCCGCGUCCCCCAGAUCUUAGCAAUGAGCUACCCAGGCUAUCCUCCGGCAGGCGGGUACCCCCCAGCAGCCCCAGGUAGUAAUCCCUGGGGUGGUUCUGGCUAUCCUCCUACAAAUCCACCUCCAAUUGGACUGGAAAAUGUUGCCAACUAUGCCAAUCAAUUUAAUCCUGACUAUAUGUCAGGGAUGGCUUCUAAUUUGUCAGGAACCUUUGGAGGUGCCAAUGUACCACAAAGCAUAUAUCCUCCUGCGCCUGGAGGCUAUCCCCCUGUCCCUCCUGGGGGCUUUGGGCAACCUCCGUCAGGACAGCAAGCUUCUUACGGAAUGUACCCCCCACCUGGAGGAAAUGCAACAGCAGGAAUGCCAGCUUAUCCAGGGUACCCAGGCAGCCACAUGCCACCACCAGGGCAGCAACCAAUGACCUACCCAGGGCAGCAACCCAUGCCACUGCCUGGGCAACAGCCAAUGACCUACCCAGGGCAGCAACCCAUGCCACCACCUGGGCAACAGCCAAUGCCACUGCCUGGGCAACAGCCAAUGCCAAGUUAUCCAUCAGGCCUAGCUGUGAAUCCCUCUAUGCCUUCUUAUUCAGGAUCUGUGAUGCCCACAAUCACACCUGGAACAUCUGGAAAGAGAGGCACAAUCACUGAUGCACCAGGAUUCGACCCCCUGCGGGAUGCAGAAGUUUUGAGAAAAGCUAUGAAAGGAUUUGGAACUGAUGAGCAGGCAAUUAUAGAUUGUCUUGGAAGUCGCUCAAACAAGCAAAGGCAGCAGAUCAUCCUGUCCUUCAAAACAGCUUAUGGAAAGGAUUUGAUCAAAGAUCUUAAAUCUGAGCUGUCAGGCAACUUUGAGAAGACAAUCUUGGCAAUGUUGAAGACACCCGUCAUGUAUGAUGUUUGUGAAAUAAAGGAGGCUAUAAAGGGUGCUGGCACAGAUGAAGCCUGUCUCAUUGAAAUAAUGUCUUCUCGCAGUAAUGAGCACAUUCGAGAAAUCAGCAGGACCUUCAAAACAGAAUUUAAGAAAACUCUGGAGGAAGCUAUACGAAGUGACACAUCUGGACACUUCCAGAGGCUUUUAAUCUCACUUUCUCAGGGAAACAGAGAUGAAAGUACGAAUGUAGACAUGUCCCUUGUCCAAAGGGAUGUUCAGGAGCUCUAUGCUGCUGGAGAGAACCGUCUAGGGACCGACGAGUCCAAGUUCAAUGCCAUUCUGUGUGCCAGGAGCAGAGCUCACCUCAGGGCAGUUUUCAGUGAGUACCAGCGGAUGUGUAACCGUGAUAUCGAGAAGAGCAUAUCUCGUGAGAUGUCUGGGGACCUUGAAAGUGGCAUGGUGGCAGUAGUUAAGUGCGUGAAAAAUACACCAGCUUUCUUUGCAGAAAGACUCCAUAAAGCCAUGAAGGGAGCGGGAACAAAAGACAGGACUCUGAUUCGGAUUAUGGUGUCGCGCAGCGAGGUUGACUUGCUGGAUAUACGCACUGAAUACAAGCGGAUGUAUGGCAAAUCCCUCUACGCAGACAUCACAGGUGAUACUUCAGGAGACUACCGGAAAAUCCUGCUCAAGUUGUGUGGUGGAAACGACUAAAUGGAGCUUUUCAGCUUUUUAAAAACCAGCUGCUUUUCUGUUAACGCGUUAAAAUAUCAAUGUUGGGUUUCGUUUCUUUUUGUUUUCCAAAAAAACCAAACAGGCAGUGAAUUGUUUUCCUAAAGCUACUAUGUCUAUGUAAAACUAACUCUCCAUAUCUUCCCCUUUCCAUCCAAAAAUGUAUAAUGAACACAAGAAAAUCUAGCUAUUGUAGAAACUGCUCAGGAUUUUUUAAGUCACUCUCUAGUUAAUGAAUAACGGAUUAUUAUUUCUGCUUGCAUCCUUAGCUACAAUAAUUUUGUUUCCUGGUACAAAAAUCCCUCUUGUGGUGGUGGUGUGGGGGUGGGGUUGGGGACUUUGUUUUUUGUUUUGGAUGCCUUUUCUAUGGACAUUGUAUGAGUCUUUUUUUCACAUGCCAAUUUUCUUGCAUUUGUUGAACACCGUGGUUUUGUGUGCAUGAAUGGAACCGCCCUCAGUUUGUUUUGCAUUUAAUUAUAUUGUUUUUUAAAGAAGUUUUACUAAAUACUUUUUUUCAGGAAGACCUGCUCUGCGAUUUAUGCUUCACUGCAAAUAUCACAAGAAUGUAGCAUCAAUACCAAUUCAGCCUCUCCAGUUACAGUUUUUGGAUUGUGCCUUAAAAGCAUUGCAUAUAUCUAAAAGAGGAUUGUAAAAUUAAAGCCAUAUAUCUUUUACACCACCCA